AUGAGGCUGAAGUCUAAAACUCUUUUCCAGCUGUGCAGGGAGCUAUUUUCGAAAAUUCCAUUCGAUAUUUAUGAGGAUGUAUUUACAGAUGACGUACACGGAACAAGCGAAACCAUAAAAUCAACAAAUGAAAAUAUGAACCUGAACAUACCAUCACCUACUUGUGUUCUUGAAGAAGAUCCUUUUAUGGCCGUGCAUGAAAAUACAUCCUCACCAUAUUUACUCACGUCAGAAAAUCAGCAUGGUGUCGUGUCCAUCUUAAAUAUCACCUCAGCUCUAACCCCUUUAAAUACUUCUACCCUGAUAUCAGACCUGUCACCUUUCCCGCAACCGAUCACCCCAAUUAUUGACAACAAUGGACAAACACCUAUGUUAUCACCAGCAAAAACUCAUGGUGAGGUAUGUAACGACUUUUUUUGUUCCACUCACGAUGGUGCAGACAUAGCAAUAACUGUCAAUCAAUCAAGCACAGCUGUGUCUUCAUACCGGUUGUUUCCAGCGCCUCUUAUUCGAUGUAGAGGUAAAAAACGUGUCCAAAAUUAUGACGAUUGGGAAGAAAUUAAAAGAAAACGCUUAACAAAUGCAGGGAAAGAAUACAUCUCCAAAAAGGGCGUUAUUGUUCAAGCAAAAACUAUAGGUAGGUCUUGCACAUGUAGAUAUAAAUGUUACACUAUGUUGACUCUCGAAGAAAGACAGGAUGCAUUUGAAAAGUUUUGA